AUGUGUGAUGGAUGGACAAAUUUGCGAAACGAGAGUAUUGUAAAUUUUGUUGUAACAACUCCAAAUCCUGUAUUUUUUAAAUCAAUUUCAACUGGUACUGAUCGUCACACAGGAGAGAAAAUGGCUGAAGAAAUAAUAAUUGUCAUUGAAGAAAUUGGACAAACUAAAGUGUUUGGAAUUGUUACGGAUAAUGCCAAAAAUAUGAAAAAAGCUUGGCAUUUGGUUAAUGAGAAAUAUCCUCAUAUAACGGCUUAUGGGUGUGUCGCACAUGGGCUAAAUUUAUUGGUAAAUGAUAUGAUGAAUUUAAAAUUAUUUAAUGAUGUCAUAAAUGAAGGGAAAUCUGUUGUAAAUAAUAUUAGAAGAGGACAUAUUACAAAUGCAUUGUUUCUCCAAGAAAGAAAAAAUAAUAAAAACUCUACUGCUCUUACGUUGCCAGUUGUUACAAGGUGGGCUUCAGUCAAUGAUAUUAAUGAGGCCAUUGAAAAAGAUUUAAAACCAGAAGUCAAGAAAUUAAUCAGUAGUGCAAAUUUUUGGGAUAAAAUUUACUAUUUUCAUCAAGUUGUAAACCCACUUGCUAAAUGGAUAAAAAUAAUUGAAAGUGAUGUUCCUAAAUUAAGUAGUGUACCAUUUAUAUUUAAAGAACUUGAAACAUCUUUUAAAAACACUAUACAAAAAAGUAAAUAUUUCAAAACUGAAGAAAAAAACAUUAUGAAAGCACUAAAAAUCAGAAAAGAAUUUUGUAUUUCAAACAUACAUAAUGCAGCUCAUUUACUUGAUCCAAAAUAUUUAGGCAAAUGCUUAAAUACUGAAGAACAUGGUGAUGCAGUUGAGUUUAUUUAUCAACUAUCUAAGAAGUUGGACAAUUUAGAUGUUGAUGCUAAACAAGUUAUAGCUGAUUUAUGUCAUUUUAAAAAUAAAACUGGACCAUUUUGUAAAGAAUAUUUGUGA